UGACAGUUGGAGGAAAUGAAACCGGAUUUGGUCAGCGAAUGGAUGGAUAUAAUAGACCACAAACCAGUUUAUAUGAAGCGGCAAACAUUGUCAUCAUUAGACACAAGAGACUGUUCAGACCCAUCACUAGAUUCCGAUCGGCAGCUAAUUUGAUAAUCAUUCAGAGAGAAAAGGCCCAAUAUCAAAGACAACUCCAAUUACAACCACAACAACAAGAAGAACUCAAUUUUGCCAAAUCUUUUGAUUCCGUACGAAAGCCAUCCCUAGUUCCGGACCAACAUUUCUGGAGGAGGGUUCCCAACCCAAGUGAGCCAUUCCCACACAAA